AUGUCCGCAUCAAGGAUGACUCCCCCGGAGCUCCGAGUUCAGGGACCCUCCCCAACAGAAGACACCAGCAAGGUCGCAGCCACAGAUAAAAACCCCGCAACCAGACGGACCCUGCACCAGAACAUCCUCGGUAAACUACGCCCGCUUCCCCUACAAUACCAUUGGACGUUCUGGUACGACAAGCACUCCGAUGCCGAGACCGCUUCAUCCUCAGACUACGAUGAGAGAUUGUAUAUGCUUUACGAGGACGUCUCAGACAUAGCAACCUUCUACCGCGUCUAUAACAACUACCCCUGGGACAAGAUCCCGCAGCGCGACACAGUGCAUAUCUUCCGCAAAGGCGUGAAGCCCGUCUGGGAGGACCCCGAGAAUCUGAGGGGGGGCUGCUGGAGGUUCCGCGUGCCGAAGAGGAAGGCCCAGGCUUUCUUUCAUGAAAUCGCGAUCCUGUGUAUCUCGAGUGAGUUCCAGGCGGCGCUGGAGAAAGAGCAUGACCAUGUCCUCGGGGUAUCUACCUCCGUGCGCUUCAACACACAUCUGAUCUCGGUUUGGAACAAGUUAGGUUCAAACGAGCGCUCUAUCAAGCUUCUAGAAGAAACAAUCCUCAAUCGCCUGUCCCCGAAUCUACGGCCCACCGACUCAAGCCCUAACUCGUAUUUCUACAAGCGUCACAACGAGCAUGACGGGUACCAGGAGGCCAUUGAGGGGUCCAAAUAA